AUGUUUUUUGUGGCGCUUUUCGUAUUCUCUAGAAUAUUCUCCUCUUCAAACCAGCUAAAAUUCGAGAAAAACACUGAAAAUUACAAUAUAAAGCAGGCAUAUGGAGACAAUUGCGAUCCGGAAUGUUGGUUUUUGGAUGAGAAUUCAGAAAUAAAUUCGACAACGAUUUUGAGUUUUCCGACAAAUUGCACUGCGGUUUGUGGAAGAAUAUUGUUCACAAGUGAAUCGGAUCUGUCGAUUUAUGAAUUGACAUCAUACUUCAAAAAUUUGAAAAUAAUUUAUGGUUCAUUGAUUUUUGAGAAAACGAAAUAUAUGAAUGUGGGAUUUUUGAAAAAUCUUGAGGAAGUUUAUUGCGAACAUUAUUAUGGUGCAUUCUCCUUCUACCAUAACAAGUAUUUGGUGUCUCUAAAUUUGACAAACUUGAAAAAUGUGUCUUGCGAUUUAUAUUUUUAUUCCAAUUCAAAAUUAGACAUUGGAAGUAUUUGUGAUACAAUUGAUAGUCCGAUUGUAAGCUAUGAAAAUCUCCAAAAUUGUGAUGCUUGUGUUGGUGGUACGAUAAACGUUGACAGCGUUGCUAAAUAUGAGAAUUGUGUUGAAGUCACAGCUGGCGUUCGAGUCACUGAUAUUUUUGUGGGUUGGGGAACUGAUAUGUCAGGAGUUGCGAAUAUCGAAAAAAUCACUGGAUCUUUUGAAAUCUAUAACACUGAUGCUGAAAAUAUCACAUUUUUCAAAAGUCUUAAAACAAUAAAAACUAGACUUGCGUCAAGAGGAUACAAUUCGAACCAUUUUCAUAUUGAGAAAAAUUAUCAACUAAAACGACUGGGGGCACCUAAUUUAACCGAACUUAUUGCUUAUGACACCGAAGGAGUUUUCUAUGUAUUCAUCGAUAAUAAUAAUGAAACUUUUUGUUUAACAACGCAAGAAGUUCAAAUGUUCAUAACUCAACGUGUCAAAUUUUCCACUCUUCAUGCGGAUUACUGUGCUGAUGAUGGUAAGUUCCAGAAAAUACUCAUAAGUAGUUUUUUCUCUUCCAGAGAAUUCCACAGUGUCUUGCAUUUUUGAAUCAAUGAAAGAUCUACCAAAUGGUUGUGUGAAUCUUCGAGGAUUUGUAAAAAUCAACAAAGGAGAUGAAGAAUAUGUGGAUAAAUUGAAAACUGUUAAUUUUAUAUUUGGAUCAUUGACUAUUGAAGGAACAACUCUCACAGAUCUUAGUUUUUUGAGGCAAUUGCAAUAUGUGGCAAAUCUCAAAGAAAAUUCCACGUCAGCAAUUCAAAUCUCAUCUAACACAGUGUUGAAAGAUACAUCACUUCCAAGCCUAAAAGUUAGUCAGAAAAUAUUGAUCCUCGUAGCAAAAAACCUUAAUUUUCAGCGUGCCUAUUCAAAAUCCAAAUAUCAAAUUGAAUACUCCAACAACAUGAUUCGAACAAUGAAUUCAUCAUCUUGUUCAAGUUUCCGGGAUUCUUUAUUCUUCACAUCUAUCAAUUUUGAUGGUUAUGAAUGUGAAGUCAUAACUCGAAUCGAAACAUCUGAUCAUUCAAAUGGAGCGAGAAAUGUAAUUAAUAUUUGGUUAAUUACUUUGUUUUUGGUAAUUUUUUUUGAAUAAACACUUUUCAAGAUUAAACUGUGGAUUAUGUGAUUUUCUGAUCAAAAAAUUUUUCAAGCUUCGAUGGGAAAUCCGAUUUUCGAAGUUAACAGUAGCAAUCUAUUCAAGUUUGAUAUUUUUGUUUUGAUGAACUUUUUUCUUUUUUAUAGUAUAUUUUUGUGGUGAAAAUGUUCUUCUUCUGAAGUUGGUUUCAAAAAACGUGUAAUUAUUUCUGACGAGUGUAUUGAUAUUUCUGAAUAUUUUUUGCAAUCCAAUACUGAUGUUUACUCUUAUCUAUUUUCCUAUUUUUCCAUUUAUUCAAACUGAAAUCAAUCAAACGUAUUUUUGUCCAUCACAAUGUCAAUUUUCACAAGAAGUGAUUUUAAUCAACUUAAAAGUUUCUAACAAAUUGCACUAUUGUUUGUGGAGACUUGAAUUUUGCUGAAAAAUGGUUAUGAAUGCGCGAAGCUCUGAAUCGCGUCGAUCUUAAAAGUGGAACAAUGUCAACAUCUUCAUAUUUCGUUACUGCUUCCUUGAUUCUGUUUUCUCCAAGUUUUUAAGUAGUUCAAAUAAUUUACUUGAUAUCUCUAUAAUUACUUCAGAAGUUGGCAUUUAAAGACAAAAGAGCACCUAGAAAUGAGCAGAAAAUGAGUUUGUUUUUCAUUCAUAACACCUUUCAAGUAAUCGAAAUUCAUGAAAAUCAAGGAAAAACUUUGAGUCUAGCAAAAGUGAAAAAAUAAAAUAAUUGUUUUUGAAACCGCUCAGGCAAGUUUUGUGUUUUCAAAAUCUUUAUAUUCUCUGAUUUGUACAUAUUUCUAGACACUAAACUUCGUCGUGAUCAGAUAAAAAUAGAAUAUGACUACUCUCGAACACUGGUCCAAUUACUAUUCGAUGACUUGGAACUUCUCAUUCGGAUUUUUUGGAGUUUUUAUGAAUUCUAUAUUGAUUUUAUAUGUCUAUAAACAUACUCCGGAAUAUAUGAAGAUUUAUGCUACAGUAAUCCGAGUUGGAGCAGUUUGGGAUUUCAUGGUUUCAUUUUCGGGAAUCAUGGCUAGCGCGAGAUAUUUUUCAACUGGCUCGUCGGCUCUUCUAAUGUUUCAUGGAUUGGCAAAAUAUUUGCCAGUUAAUCAAAACCUCAAGCCAUUUAUAUGUUUUAUCUGUGAGUUGGAUGUGGUUUUUAUUUUCAAAAAUUAAUUUCCAGUUCUUGCAAUCGAAGUUCAUGGAUAUUCCUACAGUAUUUUCAUAGUGUUAUUUUCCCUUUAUUAUCGCCAAAGAAUUGUCACAAAACCCACCCAGCCUCUAACUCUUCGAACUGUUCAAAUAUUUUGUUAUUCCUCUUCAUUCUUCAUGAUUUGUUAUCUAAUUAUGAUUCUAUAUUUUGACUUGGUUCCAAUGUCAAAAAUUGACGAUCUCGUUUUUAAAAUCCGUCCAGAAUUGAUAAAUUCCGGUUGGGUUUAUUAUGCGAUUCUGGACAUUUCCGCUCUACCAGAUGUUUUAACAGAAGGUUUCUCACUGAUCCAAAGUUUUUUGGUUCUCAUAUACGCAGUUAUUUGUCGGCAGCGAGUUAAUAAACAUUUAUCUGAGCUGCCAAUGAGUCCGGCAAUGUUGGAACUACAAAAAUCUCUACUGAAAAUUUUGCUCAUACAAAUUUUGUCACCAAUAUUCCACACUAUUUUCAUGAUUCCUCAUACAAUUGCAACAUUUUCAAAUGAUUUACAAACUUCUUUUGUUGAGAAUUUAGUCGAGACAACAAUUACACAGCAAAUUUUUUCCUACGUAAAUUUUCAUUGCACACAUUUGAAACUACAGUAACCCAAAAAAAUAAAUAAAUAAAAUUGCAAAGUGCGGCACACACAUUGGCAGAGGGAAAAUUGCAUCAUUUUUCUUUUUGUUUUUCGCUUGUUUCUUUUCGAAUUUUUUCGAAUUAGUGCGUUUUCGUUGAUUUUUCUUGGAUGUAUUUCAGUGUUAUUGUUGAACGGUGUUGUUAUUCGAUAAGAUGGCCAAAUUUUACACAUAGAUAUAAGUUUUUAGGUCGUAAAUUGAUAUUUUAGGCCAAUGUAAAAUUAUUGUUUAUUGAUUUCUUUACAUUUGCAUUGAACAUACCAUUGUUUCAUUAUGUUUUUGCAAGAAGCUUAGGUUUCCUAUCAUUAGUCUAGGUUAUACAAUCCAUGUGGGAGUAUUUUUCGAAACACGCUUUCCAAUUAUUUCAUUUAAUAAUUUAUAAAUCACAAUUUUCAUAUUCUGUUCAACUAAUAAAUUAAAUUUCAGAUAUGUUGAGCAUAUAUUGGAGUUAUUGAAAGGUUGGCGACGCAAUUAUUCAAUAUUUGGAUAUGGAUUGCCGAUAUGGAUUGGGUUUGUUCUGGAUAUGGAUUGGAUUUUGAUUUUUGAUGAUGGAGUAGGUGUGGAUGUUGAUGGAACUUGA